AAGGAGCACUCUGAGAAGAUGGGUCUGCAGGAAGCUCUGGAGAAACAGAACAAGAGUUUACAACGGUUCAGUGAAGUCUCCUCGCUGGUGACCCGCGAAUACGAGGACCUCAGGCAACAUCUGCAGCUGGAGCAGGACCUUCGAAAGCAGGCAGAGAGCUACGCCCAUCAGAUGCGGGUGAAGAAGCAGGAAGCCAGUCGGCAAAGUAUAAUCCUGCUGGAAAACACAAGUCCAAGCAUACAGCUUCUCAAAGCCUUGGAGGAGGUGGCCAACGUUACAAAGGCCUUGGAGGAAGAAAAGUUCAAACACCUGCAGCAG